UCAACUGCGGAGCUAGAUAUAAAUGUAGCAAAUCCGGGAAAUAAUAUCAAUAUGUGACUAGGAGAGGAGAGAGAAAGAGAGCUUAAAACUAAUGGCAGAAGUGAGCAGCUGUAAUACUAAUAGUCUUCCACCUUCAACCCAAAGGUUACUAGGGAAAGUGGCACUCAUAACUGGAGGGGCCAACGGAAUAGGAGAAAGUAUCGUACGUACAUUCCACAAGCAUGGUGCAAAAGUAUGUCUAGUAGAUAUUAAUGACGAAGCUAGCCAACGCGUUUGUCAUUCCCUUGGUGGAGACGAAAACAUAUGUUAUUUACACUGUGACGUUACCAAGGAGGAUGAUGUUAAACGAGCUGUUGAUUUCACAGUAGACAAAUUUGGCACUCUUGAUAUUAUAGUGAAUAAUGCAGGAUGUAUAGAUCCUCCUUUUACUGACAUUCGUAAUGUAGACAGCUCUGAUUUGGAGAAGGUGUUGGAUGUCAAUGUGAAAGGUGUUUUCUAUGGGAUGAAGCAUGCUGCUAGAAUAAUGAUCCCAUUAAAGAAAGGCUCCAUAAUUUCUCUCUGUAGUAUUGCAUCUGUCAUGGCCGGCAUAAGCCCUCAUGGAUAUACAGCAUCCAAACAUGCUAUUUUAGGUUUAACAAAGAAUGUGGCAGCCGAACUAGGACAAUAUGGGAUACGAGUCAAUUGUGUUUCUCCGUAUGCAGUUCCAACCGACUUCUCCAUGGGUCAUCUUCCCAAGGACGAAAGGACCGACGAUGCAAUUGCUGGUUUCCUGGCUUUUGCUGGCAAGAUAGCCAAUCUGCAAGGAGUAAUUUUGACAGCUGAAGAUGUGGCAAAUGCAGUGGUUUUCUUGGCAAGUGAUGAGGCCAGGUAUAUAAGUGCCGAAAAUCUUGUUAUUGAUGGAGGUUUUGCAUCUGUUAAUCACUCUUUAAGAACCUUCAAAUGAUUUUAUGUUGUAGCAGCUUUAAGCAUCAAUAUAAUAUGUAUAAUUAUGCAAUCACCAAGAUGUAAUUACAUACAUCCUAUGUUUUUUUUUC